ACUAAAAGAAGAAGAAGAAGAACAUUCUUGAUCAGGUCACGUUACGUCAUCAACGCGCGACCGUAAACAACACAAGAAACGUCAAGAGCGAAGGGCAGUGCUGUACUGCGUUUAGCUGAACAUUGGAGGCAUUGGUACCACAAAAUUUUUUUGAGUGCAGUAGAUGUGGGAGCAGCCAGGAUGACAUCGGUGGCUGUUGCCUCCACACCUCCAGCCAUGAGCAGCACUCCAGCCAGCAGGGACUACUACUGGCUCCGUUCCUUUGUAGCAGGAGGUGUUGCAGGAUGUUGUGCCAAGACUACAAUCGCUCCUCUGGACAGAGUGAAGAUUCUCCUCCAGGCCCAGAAUCCUCACUACAAGCACCUUGGAGUGUUUUCCACUCUCAAAGCUGUGCCAAAAAAGGAAGGCUACCUCGGCUUGUACAAAGGCAAUGGGGCAAUGAUGGUGAGGAUAUUUCCUUAUGGGGCAAUCCAGUUCAUGGCCUUUGAAAAUUAUAAAAAGAUGCUAAAUACACGGCUUGGGCUCACCGGGCACAUUCACCGCCUCAUGGCCGGAUCCAUGGCAGGGAUGACGGCAGUGAUUUGCACCUAUCCGCUGGACAUGGUUCGAGCCAGGCUGGCCUUUCAGGUGACGGGGGAGCAUCGCUACACUGGAAUUGCCAACGCCUUCCACAGCAUCUAUACCAAUGAGGGUGGAUUCUUGGGAUUCUACAGGGGACUGACGCCAACCCUCAUCGGAAUGGCGCCCUACGCAGGGAUUUCGUUCUUCACCUUUGGGACCCUGAAAAGCCUUGGAUUGCAACAUUUUCCUGAGACGCUGGGAUGUCCCUCCUCGGACAACCCCGAUGUCCUGGUUCUUAAAACCCAAGUCAACCUGCUCUGCGGAGGAGUUGCCGGCGCCAUCGCUCAGACGAUAUCCUAUCCCUUGGAUGUUGCACGGAGAAGAAUGCAGCUUGGAGCCGCGCUUCCCGACUCGGACAAGUGUGUCUCCCUGCGCAAGACCAUUUCCUACGUCUACAAGAAGUACGGCAUCAAGAACGGCCUGUACCGAGGCCUCUCUCUCAACUACAUCCGAUGCGUGCCCUCGCAGGCCGUGGCCUUCACCACCUAUGAGUUCAUGAGGCAGCUCCUCCACCUCAACUAGCUGGCGGCACAAGCCCGAACGCCAGAAGCAAUGAGCGGCCCGGUGGAACCAUCAGACGCCAGGCUUGCUCAGCAAGAGAGCGACUCACAACUUCCACCUUCUAAGGGUGCAUCUUCAAGCACCGGAAGGAAGACGUGAUGUCCGAACUUGACUGGAUUUGUAUCGUUUCGGACUGUGCAAUAGUUGAGUUAGGUGUGUUUUUCAACAACAAGCCUUCAAAAGCGAUGUUCACGGGAAGUUUCCGUGGACUUUUGCCAAACUAUAGAACAUUUGAUGCACACAGGUGUGUGCAUAAUCAUAAUCAAAGAAUCACUCAUAAUUCCACAUUUGCAAAGUCUUACUUGUCAUGAUUUGUCUUGAAUGAAUGUGCAUCUGCAGCGACCCAUCUCAAAGCAGAGAGGAGAAAUCGCACUGCAUUGUUUACUUCUCUUAUUUAUUGAUUUAGCUUGAUGCGGCCACUGGGUGGCGGCAUUGCUUAUUACACGAACGUCAUAGCUGAACACAUUUCCACAAAUUAAACAAAAAUACGUGGGAGCUUAUCCUGUGCACUUCAAAAGCAAGUUAAAGAUGAAUACAGCAGCUCACAAAAGUGUGUACACUUCUUACACGUCAUUUCAGCAAACCAUUUUUACUAUAAUACUAUACAAAUAAAACUUGGAUAUGUUGUACAACAGGGAUUCUCAAUUGGUGGUAGUCAAACAUUACAUUCAAAUAUGUACAACUGAUUUUUUUAAAGUAAUAGUAAUAUGAAUUAAUAAUUGCACAUUAAUAAUGUACAAUGUUGUCAUCUUCCACAAUUAUAAGGGAACUCUGCAUUUGUGGUUUUUACUGCAAUUUUGAGAUGUACUUUGUCAUUAAAUAUAUUAUUGGUCACAUUGAGCAUUUUUUUCUUUAUAUUUAUUUUUCACGUAUGCGUUAUUUGUAAGCAAAAUAUCUGCUUUAGUGGUUUUAUUUACUGUGAUUUUGAUAUUAUGUGUAUUUAUAAUUUUUAUGAAAUGUAUUAUUGAAUUAAUAAAAUAUUAAAGUUAUAACUACAUUAAAUAUCAAAAUCAUUGUUAUAAAAUAUAUUAUUGAGUAGUGACCAAAAGGAUAAUAUCGCGGGUACAAGCGGCCAACAUGAGGCAGUCACAUGUUCAGCAUUAAUGUGUAAUGUACGGCAUCCGUCGAUCUAUUUUACGGCAGCACUAUACAUCACCCGCCCACACGCACCCAAAAGAAUUAAGAUUUGCAAAAUUACAACAUAAUCUUUUUUUCUUAUAUAAUAUCCAUGGUGCAAGUGGAUCAUUUAUAAGCCCUCUUUUCCUGGUUCCAUAUUAAGUUUUUUUUUUUGCCACUGAAAAAAUCCAGACAAAAGCAUUUGCUAGGCAGAUACAGUCAAACCUGUCUUAGCGGCCACCUUUAUAAAACGGCCACCUGCCUAUAGCAGCCACUGAAAAAUCCCCCGCAGCAAAUUUACAUGUUAUAGACCCUGUGUAUAGCAGUCACCUGUCCAACGCGGCCAGCGGCCACCCAUUUUGUCUCCCUUGGUCAAUAUCUGACUGCAUAUAACGGCCAAAUUACCAACUCAAGUAGAAGCUUCAUGCACGAAAAAGUUUUGUUUUUCAAUCAAUGAAGCCGUCGUGUGUAGAUUUUAAUUACUGAGUCCUAGCUCAGUCACAAUCAUUCACAAGAUCCACACAAACUGUCAGUUGUUCCACAUAAAAAAGCCAUCUUCUUUUGAGCUUGCUAUUUCCUGGUCAAUGUACAUGUAACUUUAAGAGCAUCUGCACCAAAACAUUACCGCAAAGUAGGCUGGGAACAGGACGUGCUCCCAGCGACGCUACAAUAACAAAAACAUACGCUAGCAUGCAUGCGGCAGCGGGAGCAAAACUGAGUUCAGUUGUACUUAAUUGAAGUAUUUUAGAAUGUACUCACGUUAUUUUUCAUCAAUCCUCAUCCACAAAUCCAUCAAAGUCCUCAUCUUCUGUAUUCGACACAAAAAAAGCCGUCUUCUUUUCCGUUCGCUACUAGUCUGUUAACUUAUCAGUGUUAUUCAGCUCCGAAGCAAAGAAGGAAACUUCUCCUGUUGCUUCUGCCAACUUUAUUUAUUGAACGCGGCCACCAGACAGCAGCUCAGAACACACACACAUCUCUCAGCAUCGUCUCUCCUUCCUGCUUGCCCACAAGGCAAAGGUUAAACAAGCCCCACUACAUAGCUGUCCAGCCAAUGCCUGUAAGAAAUGACACCGUUUAUUUCCUGGUGUGCACUGGUCAAUACUGUAAUGCCGCUUGUUGUGGGGAAGGAGAGACUCACGUUGCCAAUGCACUUUAAUGGCUUUAUUAACAGCGGAGAACACUGCAGGACUUUACAUCCACGCCAACAUAAACACACUUCCGAACUCUCUCGAAACUCACAGCUAGCACUGAGCAUAGCUCUCCUGCUCGGGACGCCCACGUCACUUCCCGUCACUUCCUGAUGAACUAAAGCUGUAAUGACACUGCCGUAUAAAAAGUAAAAUAUUAAAAAGUAAGACAUGACUAGCACAGCUUUGUUCUGUGGGUCGUGGAUAUAUUCUAUCAGUUAUUAUUAAGCCUCUAGCUUCCUUUUAGUAAGUAAAAUCCUUGGCUAUGAUUGCACUACAUUGUCAUGUAGACCUACAAAGUACACUUGGAAGAACAAGAGGUGAAUAAAUGUAUUGCAACUGAUGUGAAACUGAUGAGGGGUAGGAUUAAAUAAGCUUUGCUUCUUCCUACUCCUUUUUGGACAUGCAAAAUUGUGAAUUGUACUAUGUGAUGUGCUACUGUUUGACUCAUGCAUGUUCAGGAUGAAUUAAAACCAUGAACCAUGAUAAUAACAAGCCUAGUCGUGCUGUACAACUUUUAUCCGCAGUCCGCAGUGCCCUCUACUGGUCAACAUUGUUAUUAUUAUUUUUUUCCCUUUUUUUUUCUUUUUUUUCCUCUACUGGUCAACAUUAUUAUUAUUAUUUUUUUCCCUUUUUUUUUUCCUCUACUGGUCAACAUUCAAACUGGACACCAACCUGUCUAUAGAGGCCACCUGUCUAUAGCGGCCGCUUUUGCAGACGCCCUCUAGUGGCCGCUAUAGACAAGUUUGACUGUAUGUUUGGAUGGAUGGCAUUUCUCCGUUCAGAAAAAAACUCCAGCUGAAUCCUCUACAUUGAUCCAUCGUUGCACUCUGCUUUUGGUUGUGUACAAUCAAAUAUAACUGCAUUUGAUGUGCUUAUUCUGUUUAUUUACGUUUGUUUCACUUGACAGGAUAUGACGUUUACGUCGGCGCUACGUGCAUUGCGUAACUUUUUACGUAGCGCCGUCUUGGUGGAGGUCAUAAGACGAUAGAAACGUCAGCAUGCUAGGAAACUCUUUUAAUAAUAAUCACUAAUAAAACAACCCCCCAAUAUAUUGCAUACAGUAUAUGAAGUAUGGUUAUCGACCAUUUAUGUUCAUACGUUAUGUUCAUGUUGUAAAAAUUAGCUAAAGGAGGAAGUGACGCAGGUCUCGCACAUGCGUAGAACCCAUUUCAUUUCCUGGACGGAUUGCGCAGUGACAGCAAUGACAGAGGAGAAAUGGCAGGACGGCAGAUUGAGUGACUGACAAUGGGGGGUGCAGACAGACGAGAGAGGGAAGAUGUGGACACUCAACUUCCCACAAUGCAAAUCUUCUUAAAGGGCCAGGCUCUCCUGUAACAGCGUUCAUGAGCUGUAAUAAAAAAAAAAAGAAGCACAACAAAAAAAUCUGCGAAAGGUGAACCGCGAUAGAGCGAGGGAACACUAUAUUUAUUAUUUUUUAUAAAAUGCAUUGUUGAUUAUAUCUAUUUUAUCA